AUGGAAGGUGGUAAUUCAAUUAUUUACGGACUUGAGCACCAGACUAGAGCUCUAUCCCCUCAAUAUGCGGAGAGUGACGCGAUAAGAUUCUUCAUAGGAACUCAAAGCCUUAAACCGAACAGCAACCAAGUUCAUGUAGUUGAACUCGAAGAAGACACGGGCGAGCUACAUACUAAGGUUUUCAAACAUGAUAUCGGUGAGAUAUGGCAUCUCCGCUGUUCACCUCAUGAUGCAGCGAUUCUCAUCACUACACACAAUACAUAUAACUCGGACACAAGUCAAUGUUCGAUGGGUGUGUCAAUAUUUAGACUACCUACUACUGAGGUCAUUCCAAAGGAUUUAGACGCCAUGACCAUAAUGAAUAACAGGAAUGCUGAAGACAUGGAACUACUCAAAACCAUGAGUCCAGAGAAACCCGAAGAGGAAAUAAGAUGUGCUGAAUGGCAUCCAAUGGAUAUGAAUCGGAUUGGUAUAGUGUUGGACAAUUACGUCAGCAUUAGAGAUACUAGUACGGGUGAACAAGUGGGACGAGUGGCGCCGGAGGGCAGAAGUAGGCUUAAAUUUAGCGGAGGAAAGUGGAGUCCGCAAGGACAAAACCAGUUUGCAGUACUUCAAGACACACAUAUAAAGUGUUUCGAUACUCGAACCGAUUGUUCCAAAGCCGCCUGGAACAUUGACGGUGCUCACAGACAACUGGCCAGAGAUCUAGACUUUAAUCCUAAUAGACAGUUCCACCUAGCAAGUGCUGGUGAUGACGCUGCGUUGAACAUCUGGGACUAUAGGAACGGGAAGGAGCCGAUAUUCACUAGGACUGAUCAUUCACAUUGGGUAUGGACAGUUCGUUACAACACGUACCACGAACAGCUUCUACUGACUGGUAGUUCAGACGCGCGCGCUCUCCUCACGUCAGCGGCGAGCGUGUGUGAUGAUGAAGAAGGGCUCAGGAUCAGCCAAGUGUUAGAAGAUGGUGUCUUACAAUCCUACGAACAGCAUGAGGACUCAGUAUAUUGUGCUGAAUGGAGCGCCGCGGAGCCCUGGAGCUUCGCCUCUCUCAGCUACGACGCCAGACUCGUUAUAUCAAGAGUGCCCUUGCAUUUUAAAUAUAAGAUACUAUUGUAA